UCCUACGCGCGCUAGUUAAACACUCUCCAUCCUUUCUCCUUUCCUCCACACAAACAAGCUUUCAAGAAUUCCACAUUUUCAGCGCAAUGACGACGCCAACACCGGAAGCCGUCGCAACCUUCAUGAGAAUCACCGGCGCAUCUGAGUUCGUCGCCGUUCAGAAAUUAGAGGAAUAUGGAGGCAAUCUAAAUGAAGCUGUGAAUUCACAUUUUAUCGAAGGAAACAGGCUCAUUCAAGAGCAAAAUCCUGCUGCUACUGCAACCCCACACUAUAAUUACUCUGAAGCAAAUAAUCAAAACAACCAAAACCGUGCCGGGUCACGUGGAAUUACGCCUCUGUUGAACGCUGCAAGAAGAUUUAGACCUUCACUACUGUUUGACUCAAACUAUAGGAGAGAACUCAGAGAUGUAUGUAAUGGGUUGAGUUCUACUACGCUUUCGAGCAGUGCAUCACCACGUGGUUCUCCUCAAGGAGAGGUGAUGGGAGUUCCCGCAGGGAUCAAUAGUUCACCUGUGUUGCCUUAUCAACAAGGAUUGAGCUAUGAAGGUGCAUACAGGAGUGGAAAUUCAUCAUCUCAUGGUCAGGGGUAUUAUCGAACAAAUGAUUAUCAGCAUGACUACCCUUUAGCGCAGUCAACUGCUUCAAAUGUUCGUGAUCAAGAUGCGGAGGAGGCAAUGAUUCAAGCUGCAAUAGAAGCCUCGAAGAAGGAGAGCAUAGAGCGCUCUUCACGGAAUGCUCCUAAUGAUUUGCCCGACAAUGGGCUUCCUCAAAGUCAUUUUCAACCAGAAGAUGAUGAUUUGGCUAAUGUUAUUUCAUUGUCCUUACAGACUGCAGAGCAAGAGGAAGCAAUGCGCGAGCUUCGCGUGAAACAACUUUCAGCCGAGGGAGAGAAAACCAACACCAGUAGAAUCAGACCAGAGUGGGGUGAUAUUUCUUCCGACGAGCUCAAGGAAGCAUUGCUGAUGGAAACUGCAUUUUUUAGUGAAAUUCCCAAUCACAGUUCUCACAAUUUUUCAUCUUUGCCUGACCUACAACAUAAUUCAGAAAAACAAACAGAUCCCAAGGGGCCGUGUUCAUCCAGUUCAGCAUCUCAAUCAUUGUCUGAGACUCAGUUGCUAAGAAAACAACAGGAUGCUGACUAUUUAGCAUCACUGCUAGCUGACAGACAAAAAGAAUUGAAUUCUCUCAGAAAAGCUGAAACCCAUUCUUCAAAGGAAAAAGAAUCACACAAAAAGAUGCUUGAAAGAACGGAAUUGGAGAAAACACUUGAUACAAAAAAUAUUAUGCUUGCAAAUGAACCGCCAUUAGGCGAUGAAAAAGCAAUUACUAUUGUUGUGCGAAUGCCGGACGGUGGUCGUUGUGAACGACGUUUCUUCAAAACUGACAAGCUUCAGCUUCUUUUUGAUUUCAUAGACAUUUAUGGAUCAGUGAAGCCAGGCACCUAUAGAGUUGUAAAGUCAUACCCGCGACGUGCAUAUAGUAUUAAUGAUAGUUCAGCUAUUUUGAAUGAAGUAGGCCUUAACAACAAGAAUGAGGCUUUAUUUCUGGAGUUGAUUUAGUGUUCAUAUUUUCUAUUACGUAACCGAUGGUCCUUAAUUAGAACCCAGAAAAUUAUCAGGGUGUGCACUUGGCUUUUUGAGGGACUAACAAUAUCUUUGAGACAAAUGAUAUUUGUUGAACACAACAGGGUGGUUGUUUCCUUGUCUGUACAGAUCUCGCUACUUGUCAGUUAUUAUAUUUGAGUUUGAAAGAAUUGGCUGUUUGUCGAACAUACUUUUUACCAUUUAAUCGAGCUUUAUUUUUAAUUUA